AUGCAGAACUCUCCCGUCUCCAAACUCGAUUCUGAUUGGCUCCCUCCGACACGACACCUUGACGUCAUCGAGCUCCCAAAACAACAACAUUGGGUCAAAGGUGAGUUCGGCGAUAAGGGAAUAUCUUCUCAAGGAUUUUUCGUUCUGACCGUCAUCAGCGUUAAUGCAGGUGGGGUUGAAAACACUGUACGUAAAGCGAGGAGAAGACAUCUAUCCUUCGUGGCAAAAGUUGAACUGUGCCGUCCUGUAAUCAGUGUCCUUGGGAAGAUGAGUGCUAGCACCAGCGCUGCUUAUAAGAAACGCCGUCAACAUCAAAUUCUGUACAUAACCAGCGAAAAGAAUGAGAAGACCUUCGGUUUUGAUGACCUUCCACCUCUACCUGUACCCCCUCUACAUGACACUCUUGACAGAUACCUCAUGUGGGUACGACCACAUGUUAGUAGGGAAGAAUUUGAGAAGACCCAAAAUAUAGUCAAGAAGUUUGCUAAUGGUGUUGGCAAAGACCUUCAUGAGAAACUAGUGGCAAUUGCAGCAAGGAAAAAGAAUUGGCUUGAGGACUGGUGGUUGCACUAUGCCUACCUGACAGUACGAGACCCAAUCCUGCCUACCAUGAACACAACUGGGCCCAUGCCUCUCAACUUAACCUUGUGGCAGCCAUCGUUCAAAGAAGUUUUUAGGUUUCCUAUUAUUCUAAUAUGCUGAAAGUUAUAGGUUAUGUGAGAGUAUGUUUUAAUAUAUAUUACUAGGAAAGGAAUGGAAUUGGUUUUAGUUUAGCUAAAGGAGGUAUUCUUGGGACUUAAGGACUCUUUCUUAACCCAAU